AUGACUACAAAACGUGUCCAGUUCUCUUGCCAUGUUGAACACAUUAGCACAUUCGCCAAUGAAGAAUACGAUCGGACAGCACAAGAAGUAGCCAAGCUUACUUACAACGACAUGUAUGAAUUGCUUACAUUAAAGUCGGAACUGCGGCGACAAAUGGAAAUGAUGCAACGACAACAACAACUCGAAGAGGCUGCUGCUACUGAACAGCAAGAGCAAGAAGAAGACCAACAAUCCACAACAUCCUCAUCCUCAUCCUCCGUUGCACCCUACGACAUUUGUGCAUAA